AAAUGUAUAUAUUAAUUAUAUAUUAUAUUUGUUAUACAUUUUUAAAAUGAAUUUAUUCAUUUUAUCAGUGACAAAGCGCAUUAUUAUUAUGAUUUAUUUUAAUUUUUGCCCCUUUUUUCUGUUUUAAUUUUCUUAAUUAAUUGUAUUUUUAGAAUGUGCAUUAGCAAACCUGGGCCCCCGGGCCGCACUUUGGACACCCUUCCUCGAGAAAACCUUUUUUUUAAUCUUACUAAAGUACAAUUAAAUAAUUUAAGUACAUUUCAAUAUGAUCCUAAAAAAACUGUGAGAAGUAAAUAAAGAUAUUACAACAAAAACAGAAGAUAUGCUAACUAAAAAAAAAAACUACACUGACGUCACUCCUACUCAAACGUGACAAUCCUAAGCCCCGCCCACCUCUCGAGUGAGACCCCGCCCCCCGCGGAGUGCAUGAAGCGACGUCCCUGCUGAGAGCUGCCGCCAGUGCUAAGCAGGUUGCUGUGCGACAAAACAUGAAGAGAAGCCACACUUACAGCUCGUCCGACAGCGACCUGGAUGACAACAUUGAAGUGGAGAAAGACAGCGGGGACGAAAAUGGUCCAGCUGACUGUCACGGCUCCGCGUCACCUCCGACUACAACUCAGGUUCAAGCCAGAAAACGACGCAGAGGAAUUAUCGAGAAAAGGAGACGUGACCGCAUCAAUAACAGUUUAUCUGAGCUGAGAAGACUGGUGCCAAGUGCUUUUGAGAAACAGGGAUCAGCCAAAUUGGAAAAAGCAGAAAUCCUGCAAAUGACAGUGGACCAUUUAAAGAUGCUGCAUGCAUCCGGAGGCAAAGGUUAUUUUGAGGCUCAGGCCCUGGCGAAGGAUUACCGCAGCCUGGGUUUCAGGGAGUGUUUGGCCGAGACGGCUCGCUUCCUGAGCAUCAUGGAGGGCCGGGACAGCACGGACCCCCUCCGCGUACGCCUCGUGUCCCACCUGAGCAACUUCGCCUCUCAGAGGGAGGUGCAGGCCGGACUGGAACACUUAGCCUGGGGCUCCGCCUACGGUGCCGCCCCCGCUCCGCUCCCCCAUCACCUCCUCCUACAACCCCCGCAAGGCAGGACACCCGCGUCCAGAGGAAACAGUCGACCAUCUUCGACGUCCUCUUCCGCCGCCUUAGAGGUCUCGGCGACGUCCAGGCUAAUGCCCCCCACGGAGUGUCUCAGGGUGCCUCCCAACGUGCCAAAGGUGUCGCCGCCCUUACUGUCGUCCCUCUCCUCGCUCUCAGCCUUCCCGCUCUCCUUCGGUGCUUUCCCAUUCGUCUCCCCGGCGACACUCGGCACAAUCACCCCCCCUCCCACUUUACCCAAGCCGUACAGGCCUUGGGGCACAGAGAUUGGGGCCUUCUGAAGACGACAACUGGACUGAGGGCGACAGCUGAGCUGUGGGCCCACCGGCGCUCGAGCGUCUGUUAUCAUAGCGAGAACCCACACAGGUGAACUGGCCUCAUUUGAUUGCAUAGAAACAACGCCAUGUGUAGAAGAAGAACUCUGGAUGAUUGUAUUUUAUUCAUGAUAAAAAUAUGAUUUAGCAAACAUAACAUGCACUCUUCUUGUUUGAGGACACAUUUAGCGGUGAGAUUGUCAAGGAUGUAUUUAAUAUAGCGUGACGGAAAUGAGCCAAGCCUACUUUUGGAAACUAACUUCCUGACAAUGCCACACUUUUUUUUGUAUUUGUAAUAUUUUUCUAUCAAUAAAUCACAUUGGAAAAUGUACAAAAUUGAAAAAAUGCACACAUUGGAGCAUAUCCAUAAAAGCUA